CACUGCUAAUCACUUGAGCUCGUGAGUAAAAAGGAAACAUGAAAAGUUCUUUUUUUCUUUCCAGAAGUCACGGUUUAAUAUGCAGUUAAAUUGAAUUAACAGCUAAAAAAGUAUCAGAGGAAAAGUAAACGUCAAGCUUUAUUAGGUGUCUUGUGUCAGAAAGUUGACGUAGACUACUUCACGACUUGCUAGCCGGCUAGUUUAACGUGUUUGGACCCGGAAAUAGAAAGUCAACAAUAUGAGCUUCGGUAAAGUGUGUAAUUUAGAUUUUUUUUUACUGCGCCACAACUUACGGCAGUUUUAAUACAUUUUUAAUGGUAAUUUUUGAAGGCUGGAAGUCGGAGUCUGACCAACGUCAGGUCAUGCAUAGAGCUCCCUCUUGUGGCCUUUCUUAGAAACUACUAUGAAGGCCCUGGUCCGGCUGUGUGACUACACUGAACGUACACAUCAACAAUCACGCCACGUUUGACUUGAUCUGCAGGGGCUGAGCUUUGACACAGAAAGAGAGAGAGAGUGGGAGAAAAAAAAAAGUUAGUAAAGUUGUAUUGAAUUAUCGGAUCGCCACUUCCAGAGCAGCAUGCCGGACUGAGAGGCAUGGCUUCGGCCGUGUUCGAGGGCACGUCGCUGGUCAACAUGUUCGUGCGGGACUGCUGGGUCAACGGGGUCCGGAGACUCGUCAUCAGCCAGCGGGGAGAGGAGGAGGACUUCUUCGAGAUCCGGACCGAGUGGUCGGAUAGGAAUGUUCUCUACUUACACAGGAGUUACUCGGACUUGGGUCGCCUGUUGAAACGUCUCAACGACUCCUUCCCGGAGGACGCCGGAGACCUGACCUCCUCUCCGCUCCAUGAAGGCUUGGUGAAAAUCAAAGACGCCAACGACACCGAGGAAAAACUGAACGAGGUGGAGAGACUGCUGAAGAACGCCAUCAACAUGCCCUGCAAGUACUCCAGGUCAGAGGUCAUGCUGACUUUCUUCGAGAGGUCGCCGCUGGACCAGGUGCUCCGCAACGACAAAGUCCACAGAAUCCAGCCCUGCUUUGAUAGUCCGGUCAAGAUCUCGGAGAUCAUGCGCUCCAACGGCUUCUGUCUGGCAAAUACUGAAACGAUCGUGUUUGAUCACAAACUACCGGAAGACAAGGAGAGACCUUCAUCCACCGACUCUGUGGAGCAAACGUAUGAGGACCAACACGAGUUCUUGCCGAUGGAAGCGUGUGACGAGGAGGCGUACGUCACCAACCUGUCCUACUACCACCUGGUGCCCUUUGAAACGGACAUCCUGGAAUGAGGAGCUCAUGUGAGGAACACGACAUCCCGCUGCUGUUG